UCUUUAUAAACUCAUCAUCACUCCUUCCUCCCCUUAAAACUCUUAGUUCUACUCCACUCUCCUUCUCCUCCUCCUCCUCCAUCAUGGAACACCAACAACAACAACACCAUGAAGAGAGGAAGACAACAACAACAACAACUAGUACUACUUCUGGCUUUCUUUGUAGGCAAUCUAGUUCAAGAUGGAUACCUACAAGUGAUCAGAUAAGAAUACUAAGAGACCUUUACUAUGUCAAUGGACUUCGCUCUCCAAAUGCUGAGCAAAUCCAGAGGAUUUCUGCUAGACUUAGACAGUAUGGUAAGAUUGAAGGUAAGAAUGUUUUCUACUGGUUCCAAAACCAUAAGGCUAGAGAAAGACAAAAGAAAAGACUCACUGUUGACAUCCCUUCCAACAAGUACUCCUCCUCCUCCUCCACCACCACCACCAAUCACCAUCACCACCACCACCAUCUCCCUCCAGGUGUUGCUGCCCACCAGUCUAUGUUCAUGGAAAGAAGCUUCAAGGAGAGUUGUUUCUUUGGAGGUGAUGGAGCAAUGGUGAUGGAGAGUAGCAGUAGCAGCAGCAUGGGUUGGGUGGGAGUGGAGGUUGGGAUGACACAUGAGCAAGAAAACAGAGACAUGGAGACUCUGAAACUGUUUCCAAUGAACAAACAAGAAGAGCAAGAUGAACAAGAUCAGGUUCAUGGAAUCCAUGGCUACAACAACAACAACAACAACAACAACAACAACAACAACAACAAUGGUGGUUAUGUUCUGGCGGGAAAGAUGGGAGGGUCCCAGCCUGACUUCUACUGGACUGGUGGGUCCCAACAGCACACUGCAGGAACUGCUUCUUUGGAGCUCACUCUCAACUCUUACUACUAUGAGGGGUCCACUUGACUUCAUGUUCAUGCUUAUGUUCAUGUUCUCUAGGUUUGGCAGAGGUUAGGGUUUAGUAGUUACUACUGACUUGUUUGUUCUGGCAGUCCUUUAUAUUUUGGUUGUCUCAUCAUGCAUCCAUGUCUACCUCGAGAUUGCUAGAGAUUCUCCCACCCCUUACUUUCUUACUGUAUAAACUAUAAAGCCUCUUCCCUCUCUUUCUC